CCAAAUUCUGUAGAACUUGCCAAACGCCAUUGAAGCAAGCAAUGGCGCGUCCGCCAAUUCCAUUGUCUUCUUCAUCCUCUGCUUCUCCUGCAUUCUCCUGCUCCUCUUCUCUACAUUUUCUUCCCCUUCAACGUCAACUAUGCUCUUCUAGUAGUUCCGUGGCUUUCAAAUUUAGAGUUUCUUGCUCUAACCAGACAGCUCAGGUUGACGCUGAACAACCCCAACGAGUGAAGGUAACAUCAGAAGGAUACAAGAAGAAGAAGAAUAGUGCUAGACCAAGUUUUUUUGAGCAAAUUCGCGAUAAAUGGUCCCUCAAAUUGAGCUCACCGAGGGAAAAAUUCCCGUGGGAAGAACCAGAACAGCAAGAAGAAGAAGAGGACGGAGGAGGGGUCCAGGAGUCUUCUGGGCCUUAUUUAUCUGAAUCUAUGGUAGAAGUGAAAGGUUCAGUUAUUCAUCCUGUGAGUUCCCAAUCUCGUAAUUUUCUUUCUCCCUGGCAUCAAGGCGUCCAACCCCUCGAUAGACAGGUUGAUUCUGAACCUGAUAUUGCCGAGAACGAUAAACAAAUUUUCGAAAAUAAUGUUACUGGAUCUAUUAUUGAAAAAGAGUUUUUUGGAGAUGAUAGAAGUGAUGACGAAGUUGAUAGAGAACUAUACGAUGGUCAUGGCAGUCCAGGUGCGGCUAAGGCAGCAAGAGAGACCAUCCUCUCAGUGGAAGGAAAGAAAAUAUUUUCGAAGGACAAGACGAAUGGCGACGAGAGAGAUCAUAGUGAUGUUCGCAGGUUGAAUGAAGAAAUUGAGGACGCUGGCAAUUUGCUAUCCCGUAGAGUGAAUGAAGUGGAGGGUCGUGAAGGAGAUAGAAAAAGGAGAAGCAGCACGGAGUUAGCAGAUAAGCUGGUUCCCGAACAUGAAUUGCGAAGGCUUAGAAAUAUUGCCUUGAGGAUGGUGGAGAGAAUCGAUGUUGGAGUGGCGGGCAUAACGCAGGAAUUGGUGGAUUCAAUUCAUGCCAAGUGGAGGGAGGAUGAAGUUGUGAAGUUGAAGUUUGAAGGUCCUCUUGCAGCUAACAUGAGAAGGGCUCAUCAGAUUUUAGAGAGAAAAACUGGAGGCUUGGUGGUAUGGCGAUCAGGCAGUUCUGUAGUGCUAUAUAGACAGUCGAGCUACAACCUUCCCUGUGUACAAACGUAUACCAAACUAAACCAUGCUAAUGUGAAUACUGCGCUCCACUCAGAUGAUGUUGGGAAUCAUGCACGAGUCAGACUGAAUGAACAAGUUAGAACUAAGCAUCCAUCUAUGCCAGACUCUACAAAUUAUUUGAAGAAUUUAUCUGAAGAAGAAUACAUGGAACUGAUUGACCUCAACGAUUUGUUAGAUGAGUUAGGGCCACGUUUCAAAGAUUGGUCUGGCCGUGAACCAUUACCUGUUGAUGCAGACUUAUUACCUGGUGUGGUUCCAGGAUAUAAAACUCCAUUCAGACUUCUUCCUCACGGGGUAAGACCUGGUUUAAGAGACAAGGAGAUGACUAAUUUUCGAAGACUUGCAAGAACUAUGGCUCCACACUUUGCCCUUGGUAGAAACAGGGAGCUGCAAGGUCUGGCUAAUGCUAUGUUGAAGCUAUGGGAAAGAAGUGCAAUUGCAAAAAUAGCCAUUAAACGUGGUGUUCUCAAUACAAUGAAUGAGAGGAUGGCGGAAGAACUCAAGAAAUUGACUGGGGGGACUCUACUUUCAAGAAAUAAGGAUUAUAUCGUAUUUUAUAGGGGCAAUGACUUCUUGCCACCUGCUGUCACAGAGGCAUUGACUGAGAGGCAGAAACUAGCCCUUCUCAAGCAAGAUGAAGAAGAUCAAGUGCGACAAAUUGCUUCAUCAUUGAUUAGCUCUGAUGGAAAAGCUUCUCGAGUUCCAUUAGUUGCUGGCACCCUUGCUGAAACAAAGGCAGCAACCACCCAGUGGGGACAUCAACGAAGUAGCCAAGAAGUUGAGAAAAUGAGGAGAGAUGCAGCUACAAGCAAACUGACUUCUAUAAUAAAAAACCUUGAGAAUAAAUUAGCUCAUGCUAAAGCGAGGGUCAAGAAGGCUGAGAGGACUCUAGCAAAAAUGCAGGAUGGUUUGGAGCCAGCAGAUCUUCCAAAUGAUUUGGAAACACUAACUAAUGAAGAGAGAUUCUUAUUCCGGAAGAUUGGUCUGAGUAUGAAGCCAUAUUUACUUCUGGGUAGGCGAGAUGUUUAUUCUGGUACCAUAGAAAACAUGCAUCUACACUGGAAGUACCGUGAGUUGGUGAAGAUAAUUGUAAAUGGAAAAAAUUCUGCCCAAGUAAAGCAUAUUGCAAUAUCUUUGGAGGCUGAAAGUGGUGGGGUGUUAGUGUCUGUGGAUAAAACUCCUAAAGGCUAUGUAAUUAUUGUUUAUCGUGGAAAGAACUACCUCCGUCCACAUGCUCUGAAACCUGAGAAUUUGUUGUCUCGAAGGCAGGCAUUAGCUCGAUCAAUUGAGCUUCAAAGACGUGAGGCACUAAAACAUCAUAUCUUAGACUUAGAGGAGGAGAUUGGGUUGCUGAAAUCUGAGCUGGAUGAUAUGAGUAAUGGAAAGAAGAUAUGAGGGAACUGUUUAUUCAAGGCUGGCUGAGCCUAAUUUUUCUGGUGACAACUUGGAAGAGGCGAGAUUAGUGCGAUCUGAUUAAGUGUAUAUGCUGCAUAUAAUGUGUACUCCUCAGUCAAUGAGAGAGACAAUUCAUUCGACUCCCUCUGACUCAAACUCACACAGUCACACUUCCUUUAUUGAGGUUUUGUCCUAAUAAAAAAAUAAAACUCUUUGAAAGUAAUUUCAGGAUAUGAAUCUUGUGGCAUCUUGCUUUUUGAAUGCUUUGAUGAGUUUACUUCAUUAAAAACUCUAAACGCCACGUGUCUAAUGAAGUCAGACACUCCAUUUUCCCUUAAAUAUCAGUUUUCAUUGGUGAAAGGGUCAGAGACGUGUUUUGACAAAAGUUACAGCGGUAGUUAGUUAGGAUGAGAAUGUUCAGAAGAAGCACGAGCCUUGACUUGGUAUGGUAAUGCAUUGCAAAUUUGCAGUUGGGUUAGCUGGGAAGACUGAAUUUUGGAAGCUUGAUAUCAAAUUAUCAAACAUAUAGUUUAAUCUACUGAUCGAUGAACAGGAUGAUAGCAGAAAUUCUUGAGCUGUUAUGUUUCUGUUUGGGAAGCCUUUUCAAGAUAGCAAGACCUUCUUCCUUUUCUUCCUCGUCCUUUUUUUUUUGCCCUUUUUUAUAACAGCUAGACCUUUCUGCAAAUUGCCCAUUGCACUCUUGUGGGCAAUAGUUUUGCUCUCAGAAAUUCUGUCAUUCUAUGUAAAUACAUUACUGUAAAUAUGUUAUGUCAGUGAUAUGUGAAAAGUUUGUUUCUCAUCAUUAUGUAAUUUUUUUUUCUGUUGGUAGGAAAUGUGUGUUUGCACCUUUGACAAGAUUCAUUCUGAAAUAUCAGUUGAAGUUUAGAAUACAA